AUGUUAUGCCAGAGUCAGGUUGGAAAAAAACGCCCUGAUGUUAUAACGAAAACAGACUGGCUCGCUCCCAUCCUAUGGGAAGGGACUUUUGACAGGCGGGUUCUGGAAAAACAUUACAGAAGGCAGAAUAUCACUGUGGGCCUGGCCGUCUUUGCUACUGGCAGGUUUGCAGAGGAGUACCUGAGGCCGUUCCUACACUCCGCAAAUAAGCACUUCAUGACAGGCUACCGAGCGAUCUUCUACAUCAUGGUGGACGCCUUCUUCAAGCUGCCUGACAUAGAGCCCAGUCCUCUUCGAACGUUCAAAGCAUUUAAAGUGGGCACCGAGAGGUGGUGGCUCGACGGCCCCCUGGUGCAUGUGAAGAGCCUGGGUGAACACAUCGCCAGUCACAUCCGGGACGAGGUGGACUUCCUCUUCAGCAUGGCUGCCAACCAGGUCUUCCAGAAUGAGGUCGGGGUGGAGACCCUGGGCCCGUUGGUGGCCCAGCUCCACGCCUGGUGGUAUUUCAGAAACACCAAGAACUUCCCUUACGAGAGGAGGCUGACCUCAGCAGCUUGCAUCCCGUUUGGACAGGGAGAUUUCUAUUAUGGCAGCUUGAUGGUUGGUGGCACACCCCAUAAUAUUUUAGACUUCAUCAAAGAAUAUCUGAACAGAGUUAUUCAUGACAUCAAAAAUGGACUCAAUAGCACCUAUGAAAAUCACCUUAACAAAUAUUUUUACCUCAAUAAACCCACCAAGCUGUUAUCACCAGAAUACAGCUGGGAUCUUGCAUUUUCUCCUCCUCCACAGAUCCAAUACGUCAAGGUCGCACAUGAUUCCCAGAGGAAAUUAUGAAUUACGCCAUGAGGUUUAUGACGAAUAAAUGAAUCACGGCAAUUUCUUAU